GCAGCUUUAUCUCAUUCUGCUUACUUAACAAUCAGAAACGCUCUUAAUUGGGGCUUUGAAAAUCAUAUAAAAGCUUUUAGAUUGUCAUCCAUUUUUUGUAUCCUUUAUAUGUGAGUUUAGCUUGGUUCAACAAAGACUAUCGCUUCUGGUAAAAGUAUUUUUUAUAGAUUUAUCAAAAUUGAUUAAUUAGUAAAUAGAAGAGUGGCCACAAUCGAGAAAUAGAAUCGAUUAUGAGUGUUCGAUUACAAACAUAUGAUACAUUAUAACCAAAGGCCACAUCAAAACAAAAGAGUGGAAGAAAAGAUAACAAACCAGACGAAAAAUAGACAUGGAAGCUUGUCAAGCAGUGGAAAGAGAAAUUGAUAAAGUUUGUGUAAAAUUUGGUGCUAUAAAUGAUCAUGCAAAAAGAGUCCUUUCUGAUUUGGUUAAUCAACUACAAACCUUGAAAGAAGAAUAUGAUAACAGUGGCAAUGAUCAUGUUCUGACUGAGGUCCAAGCUGAUAUUUUGAAACAGAAUAUGACAAAAAUAAAAGAGACAAUAUCAAAAUUGGCGACAGACCACAGAGAUUUACAUAGCACGGUAUCAAAAGUAGGAAAAGCUAUUGAUAGAAAUUUCACUGCAGACUUUGCGGCAACUAGUCGUGAUGAAGUGUUCAAUAAUCCCGAAAAAAUCAGUCUCAUAAAUAAAGUUAUAUGCCAACAUUUUUAUAGGCAAGGAAUGCACGAUGUAGCAGACGAACUUGCCCAAGAAUGCUCUAUAACCCCAGAGUCCCAUGAAAAGGAACCGUUCACCGAAAUCAACCACAUUCUAGAAAGACUGAAAAAUAAAGAUCUCGAACCAGCAUUGGCUUGGGCAACAGUACAUCAUGACAAUUUGGAAGCUCAAAAUUCCUCUUUGGAAUUCAUGUUACAUAGGUUGAAAUUCAUUGAAAUUUUACGUCAAGGUUCAUCAUAUCAAACAGAUGCUAUAUGUUAUGCAAGAUUACAUUUCAGGAAGUUUAUGUAUAGACAUGAAAAAGAAAUUCAAAUGCUGAUGGGAAUGUUGCUUUAUGUCCCCAAUGGCAUUAACAGUUCACCAUAUAGUUGCCUUCUGGAUCAGGAACUGUGGAUAGAAAUAUGUGAACUAUUUUUACGUGAAGCAUGUCAAUUGUUGGGUGUUUGCAUGAACAGUCCAUUGACCACCUGUGUCAAUGCGGGAUGUACUGCCAUACCGGCUUUGCUCAAUAUAAAACAAGUUAUGAUGCAGCGACAAGUUAGCGGUAUUUGGAAUGGAAAAGAUGAAUUACCUAUUGAAAUUGAUUUGGGAAAUGAAAACAAAUACCACUCAAUGUUUGCUUGCCCAAUUUUGAGGCAACAAUCGACAAAAUACAAUCCACCUAUGAGGUUAAUAUGUGGCCACGUGAUAUCUCGUGAUGCUCUAAAUAAGUUAUGUAAUGGAAAUAAAAUGAAAUGUCCGUACUGCCCCAUAGAACAAACUCCGUCAGAAGCAAGACUAAUAUUUUUCUAAUAUACUUGCAAAUAAUAUUUAUUAUAUGUACUAGAAAUAAUUUUUUAUGAACUUUAGUGUUGUGGAAAUGUAGUUAUAUUUGGGUUUGUUAUACUUGAAUUAUAAUUUAUUAUAUAUGUGAUUCAUACAAUAGUAAAAAUGAGUUUAUGUGAAAA